AUGGAUCCUCGAGAAACCCCUAGCAAGACAGUUUUGGUCUUCGGGCCACAGGCUCUUGCCUUCAAUCAGAACUCGUUCCACGACCUACGAGCCGCUAUUACAAAUUCUGCAGCUCUGGGAUGGGUUCCCAGCGCUCUUUUGGAGCUCCCCGACUGCUUUGAAACAGUCUCUAAGGAAUUCCCUCACCUCACGGUUGUGCCCGGGGUACGACUACUUCACGCUUUAAGCGAGUGGUUUGCCACAGGAAGCUUGAAGAAUCUGACUAUAUCGCCACAUAUACCAAACACCAUCUUGACUCCCAUCACCGUUCUGUCACAGUUGGCUGCCUACGAUCGAUAUAUCGACUUACGUGAAUCGGGGGGUUUAAAGGGAUCACACGCCUUGGCAAACACCGAAAGUGCCGGAUUCUGCACUGGUCUUUUAGCCGCACUGGCAGUAUCUUUGAGCGAUAACAACGCGGAACUUGCGCACAAUGGUGCAACGGUGUUACGCCUGGCCAUGUUGAUCGGGGCUGUUGUGGAUGCCCAAGAAUCAACCCACGGGGGGUCGACCUCUGUCUCCGCUGUUUGGAGAACCCCAAAUGGGUUGGAAGCCCUCGAGAGAAUUCUUCAAGACUCUACUGAUGCAUAUAUAUCGGUUCGUUAUGAUGAGGAUAGGGCGACUGUGACAACUUCAAGGGACGGCCUUGCGGGGCUAGUGGCAAAGGCCAGCUUAGCCGGCAUCACAACGAAGGAAAUUGGACUGUCCGGUUCUUUCCACAGUGAGGAUCAUCGAGGCUUGUUAGAUCUUCUGAGCCGCUUUUGUGACUCAAAUCCUCCCUUCCGGCUCCUCGCCGCAUCAGAGCUGAGGAUUCCCUGUAGGAGAGACAUAACAGAGACAGGCGAGAACAUUAUGACGGGAAACCUUUCGGCUAUUGCCUUGGAGGCCUUACUCGUAAAGCAAUCUCAAUGGUGGAAUACAUUUUCUUCCUUCUGCUCGGUCGAAAAGGAAGCUGCAACCAUCAUCACCCUUGGGCCAGAGCGAUGCACACCCCCAUCGCUUCUCCACAAAGUCCCUCCAGGGUUCCAGUUCAUACAUCUCGCAAAUGUCCCAGCUGAGUCUGAUAAUGGUCACCUGAUGCGGUCACUAGGGGAGCCAGAUCAUGACAUUGCUGUGAUUGGAAUGAGUUGCAAAGUUUCUGGGGCAGAUGAUCUAGACGAGUUCUGGGAGAUUCUCUGCAAAGGAGAGUCUCAGCAUACUGAGGUUCCCAAAUCGAGGUUUUCAUUCGAGACUGGAUUUCGGGACUUUGACCCUGAGAAGAAGUGGUACGGUAACUUCAUCAAAGACUACAAUGCCUUCGAUAACCGGUUCUUCAAGAAAUCCCCCCGUGAGGCAGCCUCGAUGGAUCCCCAACAGAGGUUGCUAUUAGAGGUCGCUUACCAGGCUGUAGAGCAGUCUGGAUAUUUUCAAAAGAAGACCCCCUCGUCGGAUGUUGGCUGUUAUAUCGGCACUUGUGCUGUCGACUAUGAAAACAAUGUGGGCUGCCAUGCCCCCAACGCCUUCUCGUCAACCGGCAAUCUACGUGGAUUUAUCGCAGGCAAAGUGAGUCACUACUUUGGCUGGACGGGUCCAGGCCUCACCCUCGACACCGCAUGUUCAGGCGCUGCAGUCGCCAUACACCAGGCUUGCAGCGCAAUUUUCAAUGGUGAAUGUGAGACAGCGCUUGCUGGCGGCGUAAACAUGAUUUCCCAGCCACUUGCAUACCAGAAUCUCGCUGCCGCAUCUUUCCUCAGUCCCACGGGGCAGUUUGCUGCUGUGUUCUUGAAGAGGAAGUCAGCCGCAAUCGCAGAUGGUGAUCAGAUAUUUGGUAUCAUCUCCAGCACGGCAGUUUCACAAAACCGAAACUGUACACCCAUAUUUGUACCCAACGCGCCAUCUCUGUCAGACCUCUUCAGGAAAGUUCUGUCCAAAGCGCAUUUGGAACCCAGGCAGAUCUCAUAUGUUGAGGCACACGGAACCGGAACUUCUGUUGGCGACCCUGCAGAAUAUGAAAGUAUCAGUCAGGUUUUUGCCAUAGCUAAGCGGGCCAAGGCUCUGCAACUUGGCUCGGUGAAGGGUCUCGUAGGCCACACGGAGAGUACUUCUGGCCUCGUGUCGCUUAUAAAAGUACUUCUUAUGAUGCAUGAGAGCUCCAUUCCUCCACAGGCAAGCUUCCGGACCAUGAACCCACACAUUAAAGCCAGCACCUCUAUAGCUAUCUCGACAUCCUCGAAGCCUUGGAGCGAUGAGUUCAAGGCAGCACUGAUCAACAAUUACGGUGCUUCAGGAUCAAAUGCAUCAAUGAUUGUGACUAAGCCACUCAUACAGUCUGCUUCUGUAUCCCAGGUUGCCGGAGAGGUCAAGUACCCGUUCUGGCUUUCGGCCUUGGAUGAUAAGAGCCUUCAUGCCAAGGUCAGCAAGCUGAAAACUUUCUUUCAGUCCAAGUCUCGCAAUGUUCCUAUUUCGACCGUAUCCUUCAAUAUCUCCCGUCAGUCAAAUCGACAGCUCAAUCGAGCCAUCAUGAUCAGCUGCUCAACAAUCCAGGAAUUGAAUGACAAAUUAUCUGGGGAUUUAUCAAUCAUUGAUCGACCUUCAUCUCGUCCAGUGGUCCUUUGCUUUGGGGGCCAAGUCUCCACGUUUGUCGGACUGGACCGCAGCAUUGUGGAAAACACAACAGUCUUUCGUUCCCACUUGAAUGACUGUGACAAAGCUUGUCAGUCCCUCGGAUUCGGUAGCAUUUAUCCUGCUAUAUUCCAGAGAUCAGCAAUAGAGGACACUGUCAAGCUCCAACUCUGUAUUUUAGCCGUACAAUAUGCCUCAGCGAAGAGUUGGAUUGACUGCGGUAUCCAGCCCUCAGCUCUGGUCGGCCAUAGUUUUGGAGAACUCACUGCACUCUGCAUCUCAGAGGCCUUAAGCCUCGAAGACACAGUGAAGAUGAUUGCAGGCCGCGCCGGAAUUGUCAGAGAUCAAUGGGGCCCCGAAAAAGGGGCAAUGAUGGCAGUUGAAGCCGACCUUCAUCAGGUUACCGAGCUCGUCCAAAUGAGCGAUUCGCUAAGUAUUGCUUGUUACAACGGUCCUAGGAGCUUCACUAUUGCUGGAACGGCUCAAGCAAUCGAUGAUGCCGCACAGACAAUUUCUUCCAAUGCAAAGUAUUCUUCGAUGCGUGCGAAGAAACUCAAUGUCACCAACGCCUUCCACUCCACUCUGGUUGAGGGCUUAAAGAUCAGUCUUGAACUUAUGGCAAGUGGCUUGCAGUUCAAGAAGCCAGUGGUGCCGGUAGAAUUUUCCACGGAGCAAGAGUCCCAUAGGACACUUAGCCCGAAGUUUGUGGCGGACCAUAUGCGCAACCCCGUUUAUUUCAAUCAUGCGGUGCAAAGACUCUCAAAGAAGUAUCCAUCCAGUAUCUGGCUCGAGAUAGGGUCCAACUCUACUGUCACGAACAUGGCUAGUCGAGCCAUUGGAUCAUCCUCCGGCAGUUUAAACUCUCAGUUCUUCCUGUCUAUGAAUAUCACUACCGACAAUUCAACGACCCAUCUCACAUCCACGACCCUUAGUCUAUGGAAGGCGGGUCUAGACAUCGAUUUCUGGCAGCACCAUCGAUCACAGACUAGUCACUAUCCUGUAUUACUGCUACCACCGUAUCAAUUCGAGAAGUCUAGACAUUGGCUAGACUUGCAGGUCCACUCCACUCCCCCGGUUAUUGGGGUCGUCAAAGAUGAAAGUCUUUGGGCGUUUGAGGGCUAUCAAGACCCCAAGCAGCAAUCUGCCCGCUUCCGGAUCAAUACUGACUCGGGCCUGUACAAAGACCUUUUGUACGGCCACACUAUUGCGAAGACAGCGCCAAUCUGCCCAGCAACGGUCGAGGUAGAAAUCGUAGUUGAAGCGCUGAUGAGUCUACGUAGCGAAUUUAAAGAUGGAAUACUUCAACCACAGAUACUCAAUGUCAGCAACCACGCCCCAGUCUGCUUCGACUCAUCGCGCGUUCUUCGGGUUGACAUCACAGCCAUCGACACCAACACAAAGACUCCACGUGAAUGGAUAUGGAAGUGUAUCAGCGAAAUCCCUGGAAAGAGCUCGUCCACGACGAUCCAUGCAGAAGGCCAAAUAAAUUUUUGUUCAGUCGAUGAUGCAAGCUUUAAAAUGGAGUUUGGCCGAUACGAGCGCUUGGUCAACCACCAACGCUGUCUCGAUGUCCUUUACGGAAACGAUGAUUCCGACGACAUUCUGCAAGGCCCAAGUAUCUACAGAAUGUUUGAUGACGUUGUCCAGUAUGGAGAUCAAUACCAAGGACUGCAAAGGCUCGUAGGAAGAACCGCAAGAAACGAAUCUGCUGGACGAGUGGUCAAGAAAUUCAAAAAUGAAACUUGGCUUGACGCACAUCUAUCUGACUGUUUCAGCCAAGUUGGUGGCAUUUGGGUCAAUUGUAUGACCAACAGAAGCCCGGGAGACAUUUAUAUUGCCAACGGGUUCGAGAAAUGGGUUCGGUCUCCGAAAUUGCGAAACGGUGACUCGCGGCCUGACUUCUGGGAUGUCCUUGCAUGCCACGAAAAUCGUGGUAGUAAUGCCUUUCUCACGGAUAUUUUUAUCUUCGACCCCCGUAGUGGAGCAUUGUCUGAAGUCAUCCUAGGUAUCAAUUAUGCCAAGGUAUCAAAGACAUCUAUGAGCAAGCUACUCUCUCGACUCACUACCGAUAUGGCGACGAAAGCUCUGGUAGAAACUACCGUGGACACUUCUACCAGCAUUCAUGAUUCGAAGGCUAUCGUUCAAAUCGUCGCUAAGGGUGCCCAGGAAUCCAACAUAUCGUCUAGCCCAAACAUUGACAUCACCCCCCGGGUGAGAGAGAUUAUUGCCGAUCUAUCUGGACUGGACGCUGCUGAGAUCAAGGAUGAUGCCCAUCUACCUGAUCUGGGCAUCGACUCUCUAAUGUGUAUGGAGCUUGCGCGUGAGAUUGAAGAUGCCUUCAGCUGCACAAUACCGACGGAGAUUCUGAUGGAAGUUGACAGCUUCCAUGCUCUUGUCCAAAGUGUUGAGUCAACCCUUAGAUUUGAGCCGGGUGUUGCCUCCGCCGAUGAUAUUACAGAUUCCUCCGCCGGCUUGGGUGACGAAACGGCACAAACCUCGGUGAUUCAAACCCCAUCAGAACCUGCAGAAGAAAAGACUCUUCAUCGCAAUGAAGUUAACGGCAUCUCUGGGUUCGCAAAGCCUGCGCUUGAACUUCCCUCUUCAGUUGUUCUCGAAGCUUUUGCCGAGUGCAAGGCCCUCACAGAUCAGUUUAUUGAGGAGUUUGGCUGCAACAACUACCUUGAGACUGUCAUGCCGACACAGACUCAGAUGUGCAUAGAACUCACACUAGAUGCGUUCGCGGAGCUUGGCUGUGACCUGAGGGCUGCAAAGCCAGGUCAAGCACUAGAACCUGUUGAUCAUGUUCCGUCGCUCAGCGGAUUAGCUGAAUAUCUCUAUGAUAUGCUUGAUAAAGAAUCAGGCUUGAUUGAGCUUGAUGGCUCCCAGGUCAUUCGCACUACAGUCCCGGCCCCAACAGCUUCCAGCUCUGAGCUUUUACAGAUCCUGUUACGCGACGCUCCUGAGCAUUCAUAUCCGCAUAAGCUAACGCAUUUCGCUGGCUCAAGGCUCGCGGAUGUUUUGUCUGGAAGGUCUGAUGGAAUCAAUGUGAUAUUCGGCUCGGCAGAAGGGAGGGAGUUAGCCUCGGGUCUCUAUGCCGAUUCUCCCCUCAACAGGCUGUCUUACACACAGAUGCAGGACUUUGUGAAACGGCUAGUCUCAAGGUUACCUGCAGAUGGUACUCCACUGAAGAUUCUGGAGCUCGGAGCUGGGACUGGAGGAACUACGAAGUGGGUUGUUCCACUUUUAGCAGAAUUAGGUAUCCCUGUGGAAUAUACAUUCAGUGAUCUCGCCCCAUCAUUCGUGGCGGCUGCUAGAAAAAGGUUCGGGAAAGAUUACCCGUUCAUGAAGUUUCAGACGGUCGAUGUGGAAAAGGAGCCGCCCACAGAGCUCAUAAACAGCCAGCACAUGGUAUUAGCCAGCAAUGCUGUGCAUGCGACCCAUAGCUUGACCAGGUCGCUCGGCAACAUCCGAAAGACGCUUCGCCCAGACGGUUUCACGAUGAUUCUAGAAAUGACCAGGACCAUUUAUUGGGUUGAUAUGAUCUUUGGUUUGCUCGAAGGAUGGUGGCUGUUUGACGAUGGCCGCAAUCACGCGAUCGCACACCAGUCCCGCUGGGAACAAGAUCUGUACUCAGUUGGUUACAGCCAUGUCGACUGGACUGACGGCAAUCAUCCUGAGUCAACAAUCCAACGCAUUAUCGUCGGCAUGAAUGGUAAUGGGGAUAGUGGAAUUCCUUCUGAAGCCGAGGCCAGGCAGUGCAUAGUGGACGCCUUUGUGAAAAAGUACACCCUUGGCUUUUCUGUGCCAUCCUCUGCCCAAAAGCCAACUGUUCCGGGAAAUAAUUUGUGCAUACUGGUAACAGGAGCCACAGGGAGCUUGGGAUCGCACAUUGUUGAAUAUCUAUCGCACUUGCCUCAAGUCAAAACUGUCCUCUGCUUGAACCGGAAAACGGCAUCAGAUGCGCAUAUUCGCCAGGUUGAGGCUUUGAAAUCGCGAGGCAUCAGCUCCACAGAGCUUUCAAAGGUAGAGGUGAUCGAGACUGAUUCGUCUAAGCCACUUCUAGGUCUUGAACAAGAGACAUACGACGAGCUUACCGCCAAAGUUACGCACAUUAUCCACAAUGCGUGGCCGAUGAGUGGGACGCGGCCAUUGAAGGGGUUCGAGGGUCAGUUUAAAGUUAUGCGCAACCUUAUCGACCUCGCUAGUGCGGCAGGGUCUGCUCACGGCUCACUUAUCGGUUUCCAGUUCAUCUCGUCCAUUGCAGUCGUGGGCCACCAUCCUUCUACCCGGACAAGCCACAACCUCGUCCCAGAAGAAAGGAUUCAUACUGCUGCGUCGGUCCUCCCGAAUGGAUACGGUGAUGCGAAGUGGGUGUGUGAGCGCAUGCUGGACGAGACUCUUCACCGAUAUCCUCAGCAUUUCACUGCCAUGGCAGUAAGACUAGGUCAGAUCGCGGGAUCGAGGACAAGUGGCUACUGGAACCAUAUGGAGCACUUCACAUUCAUGGUUCAGUCGUCUCAGACCCUCAGAGCCUUCCCAAAUCUCGAAGGCGUGAUGUCCUGGACCCCAGUUAACGACGUCGCGGCCACGUUGGGAGAGCUUCUUCUCCAAGACAGCAGCCCAUACCCGAUUUACCACAUUGACAACCCAGUGCGUCAGCCGUGGAGCGAAAUGGCUUCAGUGCUAGCCAGCUCGAUUGGCGCCGAGCUUGUUUCUUUCCAGGAGUGGGUUGACAGGGUUAAGUCUUACCCGGGUCCUAUCGAAAAAGAGAACCCGGCAAUGAAGCUCAUCGAUUUCUUCGACCAUGACUACACUCGCAUGUCGUGUGGUGGGCUGUUAUUGGACACUACCCUCGCUUGCAAACAUUCAAGAACCCUCCGCAAUGUGGGGCCAGUAGAAGCUCAUGUUACGCGGAAAUAUGUCGAUGCGUGGAAAGCGGCUGGCUUUUUGAAGCCAUAA